AUGACAGCGGCCCACCUGGACUUUGGGGAGGUGGAAACUUUCCUGGACAGGCACCCAGAGUUGUUUGAAGAUUACUUGAUGCGGAAGGGGAAGCAGGAGAUGGUGGAGAAGUGGCUGCAGAGGCACAGUCAGUGUCAGGAGGCAUUAGGCCCAAGGCCGCCUCCAGCCGGCACCAGCAGCACAGUUCACGGCGGUGGCAGGGGUGGCAGCGGUGUUGGUGGUGGCCCUGGACCCUGUGGCUCUGCCAGCAGCCAGCCCACUUCUGGUGGUGGGGAUGGUGGUGGGGUUCCCCUGAGUCCGAGCUGGGCUAGCGGCAGCCGAGUCGAUGGGAGCCUGCAGCGGAGAGCUUCUCAGAAAGAGCUAAGGAAGAGUUUUGCCCGUUCCAAGGCCAUCCAUGUGAACAGGACCUACGAUGAGCAGGUGACCUCCCGGGCCCAGGAACCCCUGAGCAGUGUCCGGCGGAGGGCACUACUCCGGAAGGCCAGCUCUCUGCCUCCCACUACAGCCCACAUUCUCAGUGCCCUGCUGGAAUCAAGGGUGAAUCUGCCUCAGUACCCCCCAACAGCCAUCGACUACAAGUGCCAUCUCAAAAAGCAUAAUGAGCGUCAGUUCUUCCUGGAACUGGUCAAGGACAUCUCCAAUGACCUUGACCUUACCAGCCUAAGCUACAAGAUCCUCAUCUUUGUCUGCCUCAUGGUGGACGCGGACCGUUGCUCUCUCUUCCUGGUGGAAGGGGCAGCUGCUGGCAAGAAGAGCCUAGUCUCCAAAUUCUUUGAUGUGCAUGCAGGAACUCCAUUGCUGCCCUGCAGCAGCACAGAGAACUCAAAUGAGGUGCAGGUCCCCUGGGGCAAAGGCAUCAUUGGCUAUGUCGGGGAGCAUGGAGAAACGGUCAACAUUCCUGAUGCCUACCAGGAUCGGCGAUUCAAUGAUGAAAUUGAUAAGCUAACUGGAUACAAGACAAAAUCAUUACUGUGCAUGCCCAUACGAAGCAGUGAUGGUGAAAUUAUUGGCGUGGCCCAGGCAAUAAAUAAGAUUCCUGAAGGUGCUCCAUUUACUGAAGAUGAUGAAAAAGUGAUGCAGAUGUAUCUCCCGUUCUGUGGAAUCGCCAUAUCCAAUGCGCAGCUCUUUGCUGCCUCAAGGAAAGAAUAUGAAAGAAGCAGGGCUUUGCUGGAGGUGGUCAAUGACCUCUUUGAAGAACAGACUGACCUGGAGAAGAUUGUCAAGAAAAUAAUGCAUCGGGCCCAGACUCUGUUGAAAUGUGAGCGCUGUUCUGUUUUACUCCUGGAGGACAUUGACUCACCGGUGGUGAAGUUUACGAAAUCCUUUGAAUUGUUGUCCCCAAAGUGCAGCGCCGAUGCUGAGAACAGUUUCAAAGAAAGCCUGGAGAAAUCAUCAUACUCUGACUGGCUCAUAAAUAACAGCGUUGCUGAGCUGGUUGCUUCAACAGGCCUUCCAGUGAACAUCAGCGAUGCCUACCAGGAUCCACGCUUUGAUGCUGAGGCUGACCAGAUAUCUGGUUUUCACAUAAGAUCUGUUCUCUGUGUCCCUAUUUGGAAUAGCAAUCACCAAAUAAUUGGGGUGGCUCAAGUGUUGAAUAGACUUGAUGGGAAACCUUUUGAUGAUGCAGAUCAACGACUUUUUGAGGCUUUUGUCAUCUUCUGUGGCCUUGGCAUCAACAACACGAUUAUGUACGAUCAAGUGAAGAAGUCCUGGGCCAAACAGUCUGUGGCUCUUGACGUGCUAUCAUACCAUGCGACAUGUUCAAAAGCUGAAGUUGACAAGUUCAAGGCCGCCAACAUCCCUCUGGUGUCAGAACUGGCCAUCGAUGACAUUCACUUUGAUGACUUUUCUCUUGACGUUGAUGCCAUGAUUACAGCUGCCCUCCGGAUGUUCAUGGAGCUGGGGAUGGUACAGAAAUUUAAAAUUGACUAUGAGACGCUGUGCAGGUGGCUUUUGACAGUGAGGAAAAAUUACCGAAUGGUUCUAUACCACAACUGGAGACACGCCUUCAACGUGUGCCAGCUGAUGUUUGCCAUGCUAACUACUGCUGGGUUUCAAGAGAUUCUGACCGAGGUGGAAAUUUUAGCGGUGAUUGUGGGAUGCCUGUGUCAUGACCUCGACCACAGGGGAACCAACAAUGCCUUCCAAGCUAAGAGCGGCUCUGCCCUGGCCCAGCUCUAUGGAACAUCUGCUACCUUAGAGCAUCACCAUUUUAACCACGCCGUGAUGAUCCUUCAAAGUGAGGGUCACAACAUAUUUGCGAAUCUGUCCUCAAAGGAAUAUAGUGACCUUAUGCAGCUUCUGAAGCAGUCAAUAUUGGCAACAGAUCUCACGCUGUACUUUGAGAGGAGAACUGAAUUCUUUGAACUUGUCAGUAAAGGAGAAUAUGAUUGGAACAUCAAAAACCACCGUGAUAUAUUUCGAUCAAUGUUAAUGACAGCCUGUGACCUUGGAGCCGUGACCAAGCCGUGGGAGAUCUCGAGACAGGUGGCUGAACUUGUAACCAGUGAGUUCUUUGAACAAGGAGAUCGGGAAAGAUCAGAACUCAAACUCACCCCUUCAGCUAUUUUUGAUCGGAACCGGAAAGAUGAGCUGCCUCGUUUGCAAUUGGAAUGGAUUGAUAGCAUCUGCAUGCCUUUGUAUCAGGCAUUGGUGAAGGUCAACGUGAAACUCAAGCCCAUGCUGGAUUCGGUGGCUGCGAACAGAAGUAAGUGGGAAGAACUGCACCAGAAAAGGCUGCAGGUAGCGGCUGCCCCCUCUACCCCUGCUGGCCGCACGGUGGCCACGGAAGACGACGGAAACUAA